AUGGCCACCGAAAUCGACCCCAGACAAGGCGUCGAUCCCCUCCAGACACCAAAGCCGCUAAAACGACCCCUCCCCAACGCCGCACAAAUCCCUCUACGCACUUUCCAUAUACCAGACUUUCCUCCUGAAGCGGCACAUCUCAAGGAACUGACUUUGACGUCUGAUAUAAAACCAUCGGAGUACUCAGAUCUUCUUGCGACGACUGUGUCUUCAGAUGCGAUCUCGAAAUCUAUACCCGAGGGAAUCGAAUCACUUACCCUAGAACUCUUCUCUCUGGGCUAUCCAGCAUCUUUCCUAGCAAACUUAGGCCAAGCACUUCCAAAUCUCAAAGCGUUAACACUGUAUUCCCACCUCAUCGAUGGCAUCAGCGACGCUUCGCGCAAAGAUGCGGGUGAAUUCAUGUUCAACGCCCUGGUUGGUAACGGAGAUAACGGCGGUGGCCUAAGAGAACUACAUCUGCUCGACGCUUUUUGCAGGAAAGGUUUCUAUGCUGGAAUUGGCGAGACUCUGGAGGAUCUGUACUUGGAUGGUGAUGCAGCUUCGGCGAUGCUUCUUCUUGAAGUAUCGUAUACGUAUCGCGGUCACUCGGAUCCGGACUUUUUAUCGCGUGUCCAUGGCGAUGAGAUUCCGUUGAUGUUGGUUCCAUCGUUGAUUGCUGUGUCGCUGAGGUUAUCGCCUCAGCCACAGGAUGGAUCUGCAGCUGGGUUCUCUAACGGACUCCCAUAUGAUCCAGCGGACGUGGACGCGGAUGGAAACCCUAUCCCCGGGCAGAAACCACAGGGAAUAAUACCAUUCCCCUCAACAUACCCAGGAACAGCACUGCUUGUCGAGAAACUCACGCCAACCCUGGAAACAACUGAAGACGAAACGGAAGACCCACCGAUCCCAGGCCCACAAGCCCUAAAAAUGCUUGACUCCACCCUCUACACACUGACAUUGGACGAACUGUCGCGAAUCCUCGGUCACCAAACGCAGCUGGCUGUGUUGAAUGCCAGUGUUCUUAUUGGAACAGAUGAGCAUGCAAAGAAGACUAUUCUCAAUACAAUACGAUCUGCUAGUCCGGCUUUGGAAACAGUGGAGCUUGUGGGUGUUCCGGAGGAAUUCAUUGAGGAAUCUUUGCUUUCUGCAUUCCAUGAGAUAUUCCCUACGGCAGCUGAUAUGGCAGCUUUAUCCGAGAGUCUGCCGCAGUUAGACAGCCUUAGCAUGAACAUCCUAUGUGCGCCCAAGUUUGGAGCCGUGAGCUGGAAUAAACAGCCAGGUGGGGAGUGGGUUGGUGGAUUCGUUGCAGAUGACCAGAUAUAG